AUGAUGCAGGAAAGAAGGAAGGAUUGAUGAUCCGAAGAAUGGAGGGGAGAAUCCAUAGAACAAAGUCCUCAAGCAGAUGGCGGGGCCUGGUGCAUGAGCAGAGGUUUCACCUAGGCGAGGAGGCGUGUGAUGGACUCCUUUUAAUUUUGGCAUGAAUCAUAGAACACCACCCUACCCCGCUGGAGAUUAUUGUCUUCUGUGCAGAAGUGAGCGGAAAGACGCUUCGUUCUUAGAGAGUGGAAUUAAGACUGCGAGCAAAUUGGCCCUCUCCAUGGCUCCCAAGGGCAACAGCGUGCUGCACCUGCCACUGUGGGUGUGCCCGGACUGCCGGCGGACUGUGGAAAAGGAGGAGAGGCACAGUGGCCUCGACCAGCCAUCGCAGGGCCAAGACUUUCUUCUUCACUCCCCUCUUGGUGGGUCCCAGCCGGAGGCAGGCGGCGGGAGGCUAGCCCUCAGCGCGCAGACGCUGCCCUCGGCGGGGCUGGGUACUGCCCCCUCGGAUGCCGCGUGCGCCUGUGAGGCCUGCAGCGAGCGCAGAGAGAUUUCGGCAGAGACGGACCGGGAACCUCAGCAGCUGCAGAACUAUUGGUCGGAAGUGCGCUACAUGGUCCGCUGCAUUUACCGCCAGGCGGGGACCCCGCUGGCCGACGACCAAGACCAGAGUCUCGUGCCCGACAAGGAGGGGGUGAAGGAGCUCGUGGAUAGGCUCUGUGAGAGGGACCCCUACCAGCUGUACCAGCGGUUGGAACAACAAGCCAGAGAGUAUGUGCUGGAGAUGAAAGUCCGACUCCUCCGGCAGCUGUCGGCUGCAUCCAAAGUGAAAGCGCCGUCUGCCCUGCAGGGCCCUCCGCAGGCACACCAGUUCAUCUCUCUCCUUCUCGAGGAGUAUGGCGCCCUCUGCCAGGCAGCACGCACCAUCAGCACCUUCCUUGGCACGCUGGAAAAUGAACACUUGAAAAAGUUCCAGGUGACAUGGGAACUGCAUAAUAAGCAUCUGUUUGAAAAUCUGGUCUUUUCGGAGCCACUUCUCCAGAGCAACUUGCCAGCACUGGUGUCGCAGAUCAGGCUGGGAACCACGACACAUGACACGUGCAACGAGGACACGUACAGCACCUUGCUGCAGCGGUACCAGCGCUCCGAAGAGGAGUUGCACAGGGUGGCCGAGGAGUGGCUGGAGUGCCAGCAAAGGAUCGAUGCCUACGUCGACGAGCAGAUGACAAUGAAAACGAAACAGCGCAUGCUGACGGAGGACUGGGAGCUUUUCAAACAGAGGCGAUUCAUUGAAGAGCAGCUGACCAAUAAGAAAGCAGUCGCCGGUGAGAACAACUUCACGGACGCCAUGAGGCACAUGCUGUCCUCCCGGCUGAGCAUGCCCGACUGCCCCAACUGCAACUACAGGAGAAGAUGUGCUUGUGAUGACUGCAGCCUCUCACACAUCCUCACUUGUGGUGUCAUGGACCCCCCCGUCACUGGCGACAUCCACAGUCACCAGCUGCCCCUCCAAGUGGAUUCUGCUCCCGACUAUCUCACUGAGAUGCGCCCACCUAGCGUGUCCUCAGCAAGCUCAGGGUCAGGUUCCAGCUCUCCCAUUACAAUUCAGCAACAUCCCAGACUCAUCCUCACAGACAAUGGCUCUGCACCAACUUUUUGUAGUGAUGAUGAAGACGUUGCACCACUGUCAGCUAAAUUUGCUGAUAUUUAUCCACUGAGUAACUACGAUGAUACUGAGGUGGUGGCCAAUAUGAAUGGAAUCCACAGCGAAUUGAAUGGUGGCGGGGAAAACAUGGCUCUGAAAGAUGAGUCCCCUCAGGUAAGCAGUACCAGUAGUAGCUCUUCAGAGGCUGAUGACGAAGAGGCAGACGGCGAGAGCAGUGGGGAGCCGCCAGGAGCCCCAACGCAGGACGUAGCUCUAAGCAAUGGGAGUCCCAGGAAAGAGGAAAGUAAAGUGGACAGUCCACCCCCAUCUUACCCUACUCAGCAGCCUGAACAAGCUCCGAACACUUGUGAAUGUCAUGUUUGUAAACAGGAAGCUUCCGGACUCACGGCAUCAGCAAUGACCGCAGGAGCCCUCCCCCCAGGCCAUCAGUUCCUGAGCCCAGAGAAGCCCACCCACCCUGCUUUGCAUCUUUACCCCCACAUCCAUGGACACGUGCCUCUGCACGCGGUCCCACACCUGCCCCGCCCUCUCAUCCACCCCACCUUGUAUACGGCGCCCCCCUUCACACACAGUAAGGCUUUACCGCCAGCACCUGUUCAGAAUCACACAAAUAAGCAUCAGGUAUUCAAUGCAUCUCUUCAAGACCAUAUUUAUCCAAGCUGUUUUGGGAAUACUCCAGAGUGGAAUAGUUCUAAAUUUAUAAGUCUUUGGGGAUCAGAAGUGAUGAAUGAUAAGAACUGGAAUCCUGGCACUUUCUUGCCAGAUACAAUUUCUGGGAGUGACAUAUUAGGACCAACACUCUCAGAAACAAGACCCGAAGCCCUUCCACCUCCGUCUAGCGGUGAAACACCUGUAGUUUCCGAGAGCAAGGAGAAAAAAAACGCCGCAAAAAAGAAAUGCUUGUAUAAUUUCCAAGAUGCUUUCAUGGAAGCAAACAAAGUUGUGAUGGCCACGUCGUCAGCCACCUCCUCCGUGUCCUGCACGGCCACCACGGUGCAGUCCAGCAACAGCCAGUUCAAAGUGUCGUCCAAGAGGCCUCCUUCCAUAGGUGAGGUGUUCCACGGUGUCAACAAGGAGGACCACAGACACGCGGUGCCGGCCGCCCCGAGGAACAGCCCCACAGCCUUGGCGCCACUUCCCGCCCUCGCCCCUGCCGCGCUCGCCCCGGCCUCCUCGCCUCACCUCGCAAGUCUUGCAGCCCCGUCCUUCCCCAGCACUGCUGCCCCGUCCCCCGGGUUUGUGGAGCCGCGCAAGAGCUUCUGUCCUGCUCCGGGAGCGCCCCCGCCCCCCGCAACCGAUGGCUCCAUCAGCGCUCCCCCCAGCGUCUGCAGCGACCCCGACUGUGAGGGCCACCGCUGCGAAAACGGCGUGUAUGACCCGCAGCAGGACGACGGGGACGAGAGCGCCGACGAGGACAGCUGUUCUGAGCACAGCUCCAGCACGUCUACCUCCACCAACCAGAAGGAGGGCAAGUACUGUGACUGCUGCUACUGCGAGUUCUUCGGGCACGGCGGGCCUCCAGCUGCGCCGACAAGUAGAAAUUACGCAGAGAUGAGGGAGAAGCUCCGUUUGCGGCUGACCAAGAGGAAAGAAGAGCAGCCUAAAAAGGCGGACCAGCUCUCGGACAGAGAGAGUGUGGUUGACCAUCGAAGGGUGGAAGACUUGCUACAGUUCAUAAACAGCUCAGAGACCAAGCCCGUGAGCAGCACUCGAGCCGCCAAGCGAGCCAGACACAAGCAGAGGAAGUUGCUGCUUCUUCUCGCAUCACAGCUGGAGGAGAAAGCUCGCCUGGAAGCAGAGGCCCGGGCCCGGGAGCACCUGCACCUCCGCGAGGAGCAGCGACGGCAGCAGGAGGAGGAGGAGUUUCAGCGGCUCCAGGAGCUUCAGAAGCUGAGGGCUGCGAAAAAGAAGAAGAAGGAGAGGCCGAGUAAAGACUGUCCCAAGCUGGACAUGCUUGCUAGAAACUUCCAGGCAGCAGCCGGGUCCGUACCCAACUCUGAAAACAUGCACAAUGGCUCACUAGAGCAACUGGAAGAACCAGAAACCUCCUCUCACUCUCCUUCCAGACAUGGGGACCACACGGAGCCCAGGCCAGGGCCGGCGGCCAGCGGGGAUGCUGCCAGCCCCGCGGACUCCAGAGACUCCACGCUCCUCCUCCCAAAGGAGGCCAGUGCGAAGCGGCAGGAGCCACUGUCUUUUCUCCUUGACAUAAUGCAGCACCACAAGGAGGGGAACGGCAAGCAGAAGCUCAAACAGACCAGCAAGGCCAGCAGCGAGCUGCUGAGGAAGCCAGCCGAGCCCCCCAAAGCCUCCGAGGGCCAGCCCCGACCCCGGCCCCAGACCGAGUCAAAGGCAAAAGUGCUUGACUUCACUUCCCUGGCGGAGCACAAAAGGGAGGACAGAAAGGUGAACAGUAACAACAAUAACAAAAAGCAGCUGAACCACGUCAAGGAAGAGAGGUUGAAUCCGGCCCCCCCAGAGCCUGCCUCCCCCAGUGAGCACCCUCAGGACAGCAAGCUGGUGCUGGCGGACUCUCCGCAGCCUAAGGGCAAGAGCAAGAAAAAUAGGAAGAAGAAAGGAGACAGAGUCAGCAGUUCAAUCGAUGAUGUCUUUCUGCCUAAAGAUAUCGACCUAGACAGCGUGGAUAUGGAUGAGACAGAGAGGGAAGUGGAGUAUUUCAAAAGAUUCUGUCUGGAUUCCGCUAGACAGACCCGACAAAGACUGUCCAUCAACUGGUCCAAUUUUAGCUUGAAAAAAGCCACUUUUGCUGCCCACUGAAUGAGGACCGCCUGGAGAGGGACGCGCGGGAGGUGGGCCAGGCCCCGGAGCCGCAGCGCCGGCCCAGGGCCGGGCCGGGUGGGCUGCCGCCCCCGAGAGCCCCAGACCGAGGACUCGCUGCUCGGCCCGCGCCGGGAGCUCGUGUGCGUGUGUCUGUGAGUGAGGCGUUGAGCACGGCGCCGUGCUGUCGGAUUGGAACAGUGGCUCCUGCCGGUUCUCCACCCCGCGGCCCGGGAGCCUGGGUCGUGGCCAGAGACGCGUUUCAUCAUCCACGUGGCUCGUUGCCUCUGCAUCUCGCCCUGUCCUGUCAUCUGUCCCCGCCAGGGCACUGCCGUCACUCAGCUCUCGUGUGCCCUGCACCCCACCCGAGGCGGGCUGGGCGGGCAGGCGCUCUUCCGUUCUCCUCCACAAUCUACUGUCUAAGAGUGUACACGUUGCGCUGUUUGUGUCUGACCCCCUGACUUGUAGCCAGCUUGUGUAAGAUCCCUUGCAGAAUGAGAAAGUUCAAAAACAAAACCCCACCCAGUACUCACACCAUCAAGUCUGUUAGAGAGUGUACGACUGUAUUAACACGGAGGCCUGCCUGGCUACUUUUUUAACAUAUUGUUAAGUAAUAUUAAAAUCAUGUCUUUCUUUUUGAAAGAUGGAAUACAUUAGUACAGCAGAA